AUGGAUAUUUUAUUGCCCAAUCAUAAACUUCGAGGGUGCCAGCGCGUCCAAUCAUGUCUGCUAAGGCGGUAUUAUUUUGACGUCUGCGUACCAAUCAGCAUUCAGCAUUCAGGGAGGAGUGAGAACGCCUAUUGGUUAAUUCGAAAAGGGCGCUCAUUGCUGUAUACAGGACAGGGAGCUGGAGAAACUGACAUGGAAGAGCAGAAAGGUUUAAGCGCAGUAGAUGAACGGCGAAGAAAGCUGAAUGAGUAUCUGGCUGCCAAAGGGAAGCUGAAGCCUCAGACUAACACAAAGCCAUACCUAAAAGACUGUACAAACCAUCAGAGACCUCCGUGUCGUUCUAAGUUACCCCUGGUUCGCAAGAUUGAAGAGAAGAAUGUUACAAAUGCUAAAGCAGUUUCUCAAGAAAACAAGCCCAAGACUUCAAGCCAUUUCUCUGUACAGCAGAGAUCCAGCAGUGCAAAACCGACUGUACGCAAGAGGGCAACUGCUUCUGUUGCUGCCAAACCCAGGAAUCCUUUAGUUCCUUCAGGGAUUAACACCAACCCACUACAAGAGAAAAAGCGUGCCACAAAGGCAGCCAAUGUGAAAGUUGUGGGCCAAAGCCAUAUACAAACGGGCCUGGGAACAGGCGAGAAAGAAGUUGCUUCUUGUGCACAAAAUUUUACAAGUGAAAUUGAUAUUGAUGCAGCAGCAAACAGGAGAGGGGAACUAGCAAGUGAAACAAAAAAACAAGACAAUAGAACAGAUUAUGAGAAGUUGAAAGAUUGUUUAUUUCAUAAGGGAAAGUUGGCUGGAGAAGACUGGAAAGCAAUACAGCAGCUACCUAAGACUAUUGAUAAUACUGAAGUGGGACUUACUGCUAGCAACAAAGAGAGAUGGGGAACGCAAGUUGCUAGCAGUGUGUCUUUAAAAGUACAAGCAACUCACUCUGCAGUUAUCCAUAAGAUUAACCCUCGAGCAUCAGUUACCCAGAGGCCAUCUGGAAAAUCUCUUUAUUGUACUAAUAGAACACAUUUGGAUUCUAAAUCAGGGCAGCCAGGCUCGCAGUGCAGAAAUGUCUCCGUGCAACAGGGACGAAGCAGAUCAUCCAGAUCCUUAUCCUCAAGGCCUAAUGUUUCCCAAAACGGGAAUAACAUCCUUAAGCAAAAACAAGAUAUCAAAAUCCAAACCGUGGCAACUGCUUCUCAAAAACCCACGCAUGGUGGGCUUAAAAAAACAAAACGUCCCUAUGAGGCAUCAUCUGAAGUGGCAGCCGAGCAGCAGCCUAAGCACAAGAAGGAACAUGUAUCCAGUACAGCAUUUAGCGGAGAUCAAAUGAUAAUAUAUCAGAAAACCUGUAACAAAGAGCCACCACAGCACAAGAAUACAGACAUUGCAACUUCCAUUAACCCUCAUUUGAAACCAAAGAAUGGGGCCAUGACAGAUACCUGCACACAGAUGAAGGACACGGAGUGCAAGAAACUAGUAGAAAAAACAUGGGAAUUAACCACUGUCCGUUCUCUAAAUGAACAAUUGGAUGUAAACAGUAAUGAAGUAAAGCUGCAUGCAACACCCCAUGUGGCUGCCGAGGAUCGCAAGAAAAAGCUGGAAGAGUGGCUGAGCUCCAAGGGGAAGACCUACAAGCGCCCACCAAUGAUUGUGCCAACAAAAAAGCCAAUGAAAAGAAAAACAACUGCAACGUGUUCCCUGUGGGAUGGAAUAGAGGAAGAGGAGGACCUAAUGUAUCUGUCCAAGAAAAUCAAUGGCACACUUAAUGAGUGCCUGGAGCUCAUCGAUAAGGGGGCUGCCUCAGAAGCAGUGUAUGCUAUACUUUUCAUGGUGCCUGAAGCUGAGAAGUUUGCCAAAUUCUGGGUGUGUAAAGCCAAGCUGUUAGAACGGGAGGGUACCUUUGAUGUUGUUGGACUGUAUGAACAGGCUGUACGAUCCGGAGCUAAGCCAAUUGCAGAGCUGAGAGAGGUAAUAUUUGACGUUAUGAGGAACACAUCAAAGAAAAGAAAAGAUGAGCCCUUGCAGAGCCAGAACCCGGCAUCUUGUUACCCGAGUAGCCCGGCCAGUCAAGCAUGGAAUGCAGUGAAAUCUCUGAGGACACCCUGCACAGAGCUCUGCAAAAGUCGCCAAGGUUCUGCUGUCAAGUUCCAGGUCGCAACUCUGCCCAGCAAAAAUAGAAGCGGAGCAGAGUGGAAAACUUUGACUCCGGUAAGAAGAUCAUUGAGGAUCAACCCGGCUACAUCUCGCCGCUCUGAUGUCCUACAGGACCCCAAUAAGGUGGUGACAUCGUUAGAAGAACUCUUGGAAAUGGCAGACACAGACUGCUUUCUCUAUGCUGGAAAUGAGGCCUUCCCAAAAGAGACGCACUCUAGCAUACUGGACAUGAUAAAACAAAGAACCUCAAAUAAACCCGACUAGCUAGUGUUGGCCAUUU